UCGCCUCAUUCAAAACAUCACCUUCACUCAUGGAUUAUGUCUUCUCAAAUGUUGGUCAGCAGUCAGUCAUACGAUGACGCGAGCGCAAGAGAAUAUUCUACCGUUUACUUCUAAUGGAUCUCAUUUUUCAUACAUGCCAAUGGGCGAACAUGCACCCAGACCACCGCCUCCAACAUUCCAAGCCUCAGACUUCCAAGCCUCAGCCAACAAAAAGUCCUCUUUCGACUUUCUAAGCCGCGUUGAGCAAAAGCUUGCACAAUACAAUGCAUCUGAAAGCAUCUUGAAACGUUGGCUGUUCGAAAUCCUCAGCGUCGUCACAAGCGCGGCCUGUAUGGGGGCGAUUAUUGGAAUACUUUGCUAUAUCGAUGACCGGUCCCUUAACAAAUGGCCCUCGGGCCUAACCAUUAUCACGGUUCUUUCUAAAAUUGCAUCAGCAGCACUAAUUCUGCCAAUAUCCGAGGCUAUCGGGCAACUCAAAUGGACCUGGUUCAAUGGCAAGAAAUCUAGAGACGCUUUCGAUUUUGAAAUCUUCGACAAAGCAUCGCGCGGAGCAUGGGGUUCAUUCAUGCUCUUAUGCCGCACGAAGGGCAAAUCCCUCGCUGCAUUGGGAGCUCUCUUAACAGUAUUUUUAUUGGCAAUUGAUACAUUUUUCCAACAAGUAACUGAUCUACCGGAACGCUGGAUAGUACAAGGGGAAAGCUCUAUUCCCCGCAGCAUUCGUUAUGAGCCAAGAGUCGAUGGCCAGUUCGAUAGCACUUGGGAUACCACAGAGGUGGCUCAACUGAACCCUGACCUACGGAGAGCAAUGUAUCCGUUUUUCUACGACAAUGGAACCCAACCAACAGUGGUUGGUAAUACCACCCAAGCUGAAAUACCACUGGUAUGUCCUACUAGUAGGUGCGAAUGGCCAUCCUACGAAACUUUGGCUGUGUGCAGUGCUUGUGAAGAUGUGUCACACAUGCUCGAGUAUGCCUGCCUCAGAAUGAAAAUGGAUUGGAUAAGAAACUCUACUGGUCCUGGUACUGACAGUACAUGGCCAAAUGGGACCGCUUGUGGUUAUUUCUUGAACGCUACCAGUAACAACCCUGUUCUCAUGUCCGGCUUCCGACUGGAAAAUGGCACAAUAGGAGAGACGCUUCUUAUGCGCACCCUGCCGCUUGCUACGAAUCCUGAUAUGAAGCCACUUUAUGGAGGAUCUAUCAACUUCAAACACAUCCAGUAUCCCAUUCUCGAUGCACUGAUCGUCAGUUCUCUUAACGGCUCGGUUGAUAAUGUUUACAACAAGAAGCUUCCUGUUGCCCAAGAAUGCGUGUUUUCAUUUUGCGUCAAGACACUCCACUCUUCAUACGACUCAGGUGGUUACCGGGAGGAUCUGGAGAAAACUUUCUUCAAUUCGACAUCUACAACGUGGCCAUGGGAUGUUGAAUACGCAGACGACAUGGGUGGAACUCUGAUAGAUUUUAAAUCGGAUAUCCACAUACUUCCACCGGCUCCAAAUGGAACAAGUAACGACUUCGGUAUCAAAAAUACAACAUUCGUAGACUUCGUCUCUGUUCUUGAAGAGAUGUUCCCCUCGAUGAUUACGGUACUCAAUGCGACAGCACCGCCAUUUAUCAAAAUCAGAACCAGCUUCACGACACAGGUCAUGUAUCGUUCAGUUAGCUAUAGUCCAUGGCUUUCACCUAAUAACAUCACUCGCCAUAUACAAAGGAUGGCGCAAGCUAUGACAAACGUAAUGAGGUCGGACGCACAUAGUAAUAAGCUUAUUAUAGGUACAGCCUUUGCACGAGAAACGUAUAUUGCAGUUCACUGGCCGUGGAUGACAUUUCCUUUACUUAUGCUGCUAUUAAGCAUUGUAUUUCUAGUCGCCACAAUGUACAAGACUUCGAGGGACAACGAGAUUGGUGUAUGGAAAACCUCGGCGAUGCCAACGCUGAUGUACGGCCUACCAAAACAUACACAGAAUGACAUUAUGUCGAGUGCUGUAUCGAGAGGGAUAUAUCGUAGAGGCUCCAGAAGAGUACGGAUCAGGUUGCUUCCAAAACAAGGCUGGAGGGUAUCUGGUCAAAUGAUCGCGAGGCCAGCGCCUCCGCCUGGUUUCUUUUAAUGCACAUACAUGAAAAAUAUAUAUAAUAGACGAUUUACGA